AAGAAAAAGGGAUUUCUGUGAUGGGUUUGGUUUCCAUGUGGAGCAUCGAAACAGACUUCAAAGAAGAGGAAGAAGAAGAAAGAAUCGAACAAUUCAGUUCAAUUUGGUUCUGAAAAGUUUAAGGCUAAGAAUCUGUUAGGCUCAAAGGAGAAUAUUAAGGAUGGAGAGUCUGGUCAAAUUGCAGCCAAGACUUUUACAUUUCGUGAAUUAGCAGCUGCAACUCGAAACUUUCGUGGUGAUAUUCUUCUUGGAGAGGGAGGUUUUGGAAAAGUAUACAAAGGGCGGCUUGAUUCCAAUCAGAUUGUUGCCAUCAAGCAACUCGAUCGUAAUGGAUUGCAAGGGAACAGGGAAUUUCUUGUUGAAGUGCUGAUGCUAAGUCUUUUACACCAUCCUAACUUGGUAAAUUUAAUUGGCUAUUGCGCUGAUGGAGAUCAGAGACUUUUGGUUUAUGAAUAUAUGCCACUAGGAUCAUUGGAUGACCAUAUUCAUGAUCUUACGCCCGGUAAGCAAGUGCUUGAUUGGAACACGAGAAUGAGAAUUGCAGCUGGAGCAGCAAAAGGCUUAGAAUAUUUACACGACAGAGCAAGCCCACCUGUAAUAUACCGUGAUUUAAAAUGCUCCAACAUUUUGCUCGGUGAGGGGUAUCAUCCGAAGCUAUCCGACUUUGGAUUGGCCAAGUUGGGGCCAGUCGGAGAUAACACCCAUGUCUCUACUAGAGUUAUGGGUACUUAUGGGUACUGUGCUCCAGAGUAUGCCAUGACCGGUCAGUUGACUUUAAAGUCAGAUGUUUACAGCUUUGGUGUUGUCCUCUUGGAGAUCAUCACUGGAAGGAAAGCGAUUGAAAAUUCAAAAACUGGAGGGGAGCACAAUCUGGUUGCAUGGGCAAAACCGUUGUUCAAAGAUAAGAGAAAAUUCUCACAGAUGGCUGAUCCAAUGCUUCAAGGUCAAUAUCCAGCAAGAGGUUUGUACCAAGCUCUAGCAGUUGCAGCAAUGUGCGUUCAGGAGCAACCUAACAUGCGUCCGGUCAUAGCAGACGUUGUCACAGCUUUAUCUUAUCUUGCUGCACAAAAAAUUGACGGUGAUACUCAGGGAGUUCAAAACUUGCGCUGGACACCUGCUACUCCACCUAGAACGAAACGAGAUGGUGAUAAGCGACAAAAGGGUGGCAGUCAUGAACCUAGAUGGUGAUAGGAGACUGAACAAGUAAUAAUAUCAAGACACGUAGUUGAAGCUAGUUCAGUACAAACGACAAUCAAAUGUACCUCAAAACAAGUUCAAUCAGACGGAACUGUAUUGACAUGACCAUUGCCCAAAAUUUUGUACCUCGGAUUUCAGCCAGCUACGCGUAGCUUCCCUAAUAUUGAGCAUGUACUCACGUAUUUGAUCUGUGUUAGUGCAUUUUAUAUUUUUGCUCAUUUCUCGGUACCCUUGCAUAGCAUGGGAGGUUAUUUUUAUUGUAGAAGCAGGCAUGCCUUACGAUUUCCGUGUGCAAGUAUUGUAUUGUGAAAAGGCAAAUUAUGAUGUAUAAUUACAGAAUCGUGAUUGUAUUUAUAUUCUUUUUAGCCAUAAGAGAUGGUAUACAACUCCUUUGUGUUGUCUUGCUCA